UUUUUGUUGCCUGCUGUUAUUUUAGUUUUCUCUUGAAUUGUUUGUAAAAUGGAUAAUUUAAAUGAGUGUCAGCUUCAAAUUAGAUUAAUUACCACGCAGGACAUCUAUGCAGUUCCUGACGUACCCCUUUCAGUACCCACAAACAUAGAAUCAAAAGGCUUGAAUCAGCUACUGAAUCAAUUGCUUCUCGAAAAUAACCCGGACAUUUUAAAAACCAAGGAAUUCGAUUUUUUGGUGGUCAAAGAAUUAUUGAGGGUACCAUUGUUGGAACAUUUACAAGACCGCAAUGUCUCCACUGAGGCCACUGUUGAAAUUGAAUAUAUUGAACGUAUCCCAGCACCAGAACCACAAGAGAGUAUUUUGCAUGACGACUGGGUGUCAUCUAUAUCCAGUACAAAUAAAUGGAUCUUAACUGGCUGUUAUGAUCAUUCAGUUUCCAUUUAUACCAAUCAUGGAAAAUCAGUAGUUUCUACAAUAAAACACGGAGACAUUAUAAAGGAUGUAGCCUGGAUAGACAAAGAGGACGUUUCAAAAGGCCUUAUAUCAGUUUCUCACGAUCAAACCGCCAUUAUUUGGUCAUGGACUGAAGGUACAAAAAAUUUAACACCCAAAAUACAGUUGAAAGGCCACGAAAGGGGCAUCGAAUGUGUCGGAGUGGGGCCUAAUGGUUUGGUGGCAACAGGAAGUUGGGAUACUCAAUUAAAAGUAUGGUCAUCGUCCUUUGAUCCUACGGACACUGGUGAACCGGAUAUCAAAAGGCCAAGAUUAAAUCGGGAUGAUUUGUCCCCUAGGACAGCUAAAGUUUCCAUUAAGGCCCAUAAAGAAGCUGUGUCUUCCGUUAUUUGGCUCGAUGAAAAUAUAAUAUGUACUGCAGGAAUGGACCAUGUUAUUAGGUUGUGGCAUUGGGAGUCCAAUGGUUUAGUGAGCGAAUUUGUCGAUCAAAAAGCCUUUUUAAGUGCCUCUUAUUCGCCGUUAAGUAAAACACUACUGGCAAGCUGUACUGAUAAAAAUAUUCGACUUUACGAUCCCAGAUCAACAGAGGGCACUAUUUGUAAAUCAGUAUUUACGUCUCAUUCCCAAUGGGUAAGUGAUGUCACUUGGUCCAAGUACAACGAACACCUUUUCUUAUCCGGAGCUUACGACGCCACAGUCAAAAUGUGGGAUACGAGAAGCCCCAAAGCGCCCCUUUUCAAUUUGCAGGGACACGAAGGACAAGUUUUGGCAGUGGAUUGGUCAAACGAUAAAUAUUUGGUUUCGGGUGGUGCUGACAAUAUGGUUCAUAUAUUUAAGAAUAAACAUGUUACCAAGUAAAUAUUUUCACUGGAUAAUAUAUAAACUUAAAAUAAGUAAAGUACAAUUUUUUUUUUUAGUUUUAAUAUUAUUUAUAUUCUGUUUAGCGCCAAC